AUGGCCUUGAAACCCGAGGACCCCAGUGGUGGGUUCCAGCAAGGCAAGGUGGUGGCCUUCAUCAAUGAGAAGAUGGCCGGGCACACGAAAGGCCCCGAGUUCUACCUUGAGAAUAUAUCCCUGUCCUGGGAGGAGGUGGAGAACAAGCUCAGGGACAUCCUGGAGGACAGCACGGUGCCCAGUGAGGCCAAAAAUGCCUGUGCCUGGAGCAGCCUGGCCCUGGGUGUGCGCUUUGCCCGCAGGCAGAGCCAGUUACACGGGCACAGGGUGCACUGGCUGCAGGACUUCGCCAAACUGCAUAAGUCCGCUGCACAGGCCUUGGCCUCAGACCUAAAGGAGCUUACAGCGCAGCAGGAGAUGGAGCGCAAGGAGGCAGCCUUCCGGCUGCGGCAGACACAAGCAAACCUGGCAGAGAUGCGAAAGGAAAGGGACCUCCUGUGGUGGAAGCUCCUCAGGGCUGAGCUGGGGUCUCCGCGGAAGCGGGAGCAGGUCCAGGUUGCAGAGGAGACAGGCCUGGCUACUGCCAGUGGGGCUGGAACGGAAGGAGCAGGUGAGGAGGAAGAGGAGGCAGUGGCUGCUGCUACUUCUGCUCCAGCUACUUCUGCUCCAGCUGCUGGCAUCACAGGAAGAGGAAGAAAACAAAAGGAUGCUGAAGGGGCAGAGGCCACCGAGAAGCUGGGUAGAAGCCCUGUGCACCUUCCUGGAGCUGAGGAGCAGAAAAAUUACACCUCUGGUGGGCAGAGGGAGGAAGAUCUCAGGUCAGUGGAAACAACCAUGUUUUAUUUCUCUGGAACCAUGAAGCCUGGGUCCAGAGUUGCACCAUCACUCCUUCCUGUCCAGCUCCCUGCCUCAUUCACAUAUUCCUAUUCAUGCCCCUCAUCUCCCUUCCCACCUGAGCCCCCACCAUCCCCACCAGCAGCAACAUUCACACCAUCUCCCAACAGGAGGCCCUCUGAUGUUAGCUCACGGUCAGAUGGGGGGUCCCAGGGAACAGACCCUCAAGAAUCCCAAAGAGACAGGAGAGACUCCGAACCCCAUCAGCGGAGAAGACCUCCCAUAUUUCGCAGGCCUGGGGAUUGGGACUGCCCUUGGUGUAAAGCUGUGAAUUUUUCAUGGAGAAAAAUUUGCUUCCGCUGUGGGAGGGGAAUUGGCGGCAAAGCCCUUGGUGGAUUCAGAAAUGUGAAAUAG